ACGGCGUUAUAGGCUAUUUAAAUACAUUUUAGGUUUUAAAAGCAAUGAACGUGUGGGAAUGGAUCGCCUUUACUGUAAAAACUGUCGUUGAUGCCAAUUUGUCCUUGUUGGUUUGCCGUCGUGGACUCGAAGUGGCCAAUCGCAACAGAGAGGGCGGGCAAUCAAUCUCGAAGCGCGAGCGGUUGAGUCAGCCAUUGCAAAUAGUCGUGAAGUGGAGGCAUAGUGGUGCAUCGACGAAUCUGCCCAUUAUUAUUGUGAAUAUGGCUUAGUCCGGGUUAAAUGCCGCUGUUUCGCAACAUCGAAGUGGGGAAUGAUGGCUCCACACAACCUUGUUUUUGUUAUUGAUGUCGACGGUGACGCACAGGCCUCAAGUGACCAGCUGGAUCUUAAACAUCGUUUAUUGAAGCGUGGAAUUCUUCACAUAUUACUCCAUUUCGGCGUUAGAUUUGGAUUUGACAAAGUAAGGUGGGGUUAUAAAUUUUUUCAAUCUAAGACGAAUCGGAAUGGGAGCGUCAGACAAAGAGGCGCUGACUUUAAGGAGCUUCGGUACAAACUUUUUGAAGACUUCGAGAUGGAAUUGGACGCCAUGCUUGACGUGAGGGGGAGAUCGUGUUCGUCUUCUCGAACCCAGUCUGCGUCUGUUCAGAAAGUGUUGAAAGAAGUUGUACUGGAUUUCCCGUGGGAUCUACCAGAUAUAACGUCACCCACCAAACUGUCUCUGAGGCCUCGGAGACCAGGUCGCGUUGGGAAUAUAAUUGUGCACGACGAAGCCCUUAACAGUGGGAAAAAUUUGGUAUUCAUCGUAUCGGAAUGUCCGCGAAGCUGGUCACAACUGGUGAAUUACCUUUCGUUUGAAAGUCCGCACGACAGAGAAGCAGAUGUUUCUCAACUCCUUAUAGCCAAAAACAUUCACGACAUAAUGAUCCAGAAACAAGUGGUCCUGCACUGGGUUGACAGCACAUCAUAUCAGCUGCUUCCAACGUGUGAGGAUAAUCUAGGUGUCUCCAAGCUGGCUCAAGUGCUGGCACAGGUUAACGGCAAAGUCAUCCCAAUGCCCUCACUAUUGAACCUGUGUAACCCUCGACUGCACCAAUGUAGAAGCGAGACGUUUUCAUUCUGUUCCAGUGCUGGAUACCUAUUGUCUUCUGAGCAGCAACAUCGUGUUGCGUUUCCUGUCAACAGUUGCGUUCUACGAUUUUCUCGUGAUAACGUUCCUGUUAGCUGUGCCAUAGUUGCAGAACCAUUGAUCCGAGUAAAGAGUCUUCUGACAAAGCUGGUGGAAGUUUGUUUGAAAGGAAUUCUGCUUGGCUGGCAUCCCUCAUCUGUGGUUCAGACUGCUACUGAGUCAUGGCUCCUUCACUGCUCCAACAGGAAAACGCCUUCAGCUAUUGCUCUUCAAGACCUCCUGAUGGAAUUGUCCAAUCAUUCACUGUAUAUGUUCGCAGAAGUCACCAAUGGUGGUAUGGUCCUUUCGGGUGUCCUCUCUCCGUUGUCUCGUUCUACAGCUCUCCUCACUGCCCUGGGGCCCGAAAUUAUUCUAUACGAGCAGAUUCCCAUCACUGACUUCAUACCUGUUGCCUCAGAAAGAGUGACAACUGAAUCUCCUGAAGUUCCCAGCAAUGCCCUUGAAGUGCUGUUUGGAAACAUUGAUCACGGCAACGUUAAUGAGUACCAAAGUGAACAUCAGAUUCCUGAAUGGGCUGACAAUGAAAUAAAUGAUUGCUCUAGGACACUUGAAAGCUUGGAGAGUUGGUUUCUUCAUUCGGAUCUUUCUGGAGUGACCAUGAAUUUGAUGGAGUCCAUGAGACUAAUACAUGCAAUUGAAGACCAAAGAAAAAUGGAGUCCUCCUUUCAACAAGAGCUGACCUGUGAUUUGGGAGAACUUUAUCUGGCGCCUGAGAAUGCAGAUAUGAGGAGGGGGACUAAACGUUGCACGCAUCGCACCCCAGUGAAGCAGAAGAUGAAAACAAUGAGCCGCUCGUUGCAGAUGUUAAAUGUGGCGAGACUGAAUGCAAAAGCCCAGAAAAAUCAACUGGAACCAAAGCUGCCCACCAACAGGAAAGGACCCAGCAAAUUUGAGAGGAAACGUGAACCCAACAAAUCAGGAGGCGACGGAGUUGUCAGUUUCACGAGUGAAGAAUAUUUUCUGGCUCAUCUCCAGUCCAGCUAUGAGCGAAUUGUUGUGGAGAUGCAGACACCACUUCCAAUUUGCGUGCAACAGCUGCUGUCAGAUGUUAAAUCUUUCCUUGAGACUAACAGUGACUUGCAGGUCACACACCUGCAGUUGGUUCAGAAGCACCUUCUUAAAAGCAGCAAGUCCGUUCGGCAAUUGUACCCUGCAGCAGAGGAUGUGGAGAGAAAAGUCAGAGAGUGUCAAGUCCAGGCUUGGCUGAGGCUGGAGCUCUGUACCCCACUCUUUGCAGAGCAGGAUGUGUCUCUAGAUUUUGAUGAAGUAGCUGAAGAGGUGGCCGAUAUACUUCGGAUUAUUUCCUUAUCAAAGGACCCUAUUAGUCUGGAGGAAUUUCUUCAAGACGUCCUCCUUCCUGGGUUCCUGACAUCUGCACCCAAAGUCUUGGCAUCUGUCUAUGAUAGUCUUGGCACUCAGCUUCCUGAAGUGCUGGCAGCAGUUCUUCCAGCUGAUUUUUUUAGUGACGACUCCGUUAGCAAAGAUAUCACUUCUCCGGCAGCCUCUGCCCCACCCCUCUCUACACAGAGCAGUGAUUGUCUGCUGGACCUGAGGAAACGUUCGACUGACAAGAGGAGGAGUGGAAUGCUAACUCGCCAUCGCAGCACAACCGAAUCUUGUCAGAGGAUGCGUCAAAUUGAGAUAGCCAAAAAAGCAAAAGUUGUCGUUCUCAAUUUGGAAAAGCCCAUGGUUGAACCUCAGACGCAAGCCACAGAAGUUACAAAGGUGAGACGAAAUCUGUUCAAUCAGGAGUCGAGUUCACUAUCCAAGGUAACGAAACUGCAAAGGAGCUCGUCGGUUUCAGCUGUGGAAGGACUGAAACGCAAGCGAUCUAAUGAAGAGAAAGACAAACUGAGAACCAAUAAAGUGUGUGACACCCCUCUUCACAAACAAGUGUCCUGCCGUCUCCUUUAUCGACAAAAAAGUAAAAGAGAGUCCGUUUCAAAUGAGGAAUGCGUAGUGGAGGAGUCACCAAUAAAACCUGUAGAAGAUGUGAGAAGAAGCCCCCGGAUAAAGAAAUUGGCUAGAAGGCACUCAAGCAACUUUUAUCCAAGUUCUCAACUUCGCUCACGCAACUUGGAAAAAGCUCUCUCGUCCUCCCAGAUAAACAUUCACAACAGAAAAUCAAGUUGCUUUGAUGUCACAACUGUUCGAUCUCCCUUACGGCUUCUCUUUGGAGCAACUGAUUCUUCUAGGGGUCCCCGAGCCUCUAAUCCGAGUUCCACUGUUAGACACCUGUCAAGUGACUCAAGUGUUUUUGAGAAUCCAACUGAAACCCCAGUUAAGAUAUUUGGAAAAGGGAACAAAACACCCAAGACUCGUCGCUCACCAAGAACCCCCAAAGCCUUACCUUUGUCCAGGACACGUUUCUCCCCCGUUGCAAAACGCCAUGUUGGUGUCUGCUCCCCUGAGCUUAGAAUUUCAGCGAGGGGUAAUCCACUCAGAUCUCCUGAAUGCCAGUUGUUGGAACAACCAGAACCAGAACAGACAUCUGCAAAGAAAAGCCCACUGCAGGAUCUUCUUAGGACUGGACCACUUGAAGUACAAAUUCCUAAAAAAUACAACCCUGUACUGAGAGAUAUUCCAAGUACACCAAACAGAACAAUAGCAGUUGACAAGGUUUACACUGGACGAGUCCCUGUUGAGAACACGGUCGAGAACAUUCAUCGGUCGUCGGUGCAGACUUUGGGAUAUGAAUGUGAAUCUUCUGGCACUAAUUCACUGGCCAUGUUGCCAAAUAUAAGUAGUGAAUCAGAAAACGCCAUUACUUACAGUACUCCACAACUUUCUUCUCUCUGCUCUCCAGGAAUGGAGAAAAGUCCUAACAAGUGCAGCAGGCCAGUUACUGAGACCCACGAAACCCCCCAAGAGACUGUCUUAAGGAGCCUCUAUUCUUGCCAAGUUAAUCUAUUGAGACUUUCAGAAGAUCAAAUUGAUAUGCAUCAUCAAGAUCUCCAUCCUUUGGAGAAAAGCAACGUCAUUUCAUCCCCCACGCAACAGUCAAGAGCACCCACAGAAUACCACCACUUGUCCAAAUCGCCCAUUAGUGUGAAAAUGUCAGCUCUUACUCCAACACACCAGAUGAUGACACGAUCUGGACGAACUCCAAGUAAAAGUACACAGAAGGCAUCACCAUGUAAGGCUGUGCUUGGUGCACUCGAUAAAAGUGCUGUAUCUAAUGUUUGUCCUCUAUCGGAAGAAUUGGACAGAGUUGAACAGACCGGGAAUGGUGGAAGUGCUGACAGCACUAAAAUGAAUGUUUUUUGUUCUCCUGAUGGAACUGACUCAAAACUCAUCGCACUCUCCGGGAAUGUACAUAAGAGUGCUGAUGAAGGACUGGACCCACAGUUACAGACAGAACCUCAGAGUGAAAACAUCUCUCAACUGAGCUCCACUACAGACAGUGAUGAUACAGACAUUGUUGGUGCAUCUAUUGUGAGGACAGAGUUCAAUGAGGGUCUCAAGGUCAACAUUUGCUUUUCGCGAAAACCCUCAAAGAGUGGAAAACCAGUGUUAGUGGGGACGUCUCCUAAAACAGCACAAGUAUAUAAAUAUGGAUUUAGGCAAACACCUGACCGCCAACAAAGAGAAGCUGCAGCUCGUUUGGGAUAUGCCAAUGAGAUACCAUCCCCCUGGAGCUCUUCCCAUCGAUCUACUGAGAAACCUUGUCAAAAAAAAGGAGUUGCUAGCCAGAAAAAUGUGUCCUAUAAGGUAGAAAUGGAGAUGCAGACAUCAGGGCUCCCCAAACUAAAGAUUAAACGGACAGACUCAGUGGGGGAUUGUGUGAUGCAUGGUGAAAAACGAAGUAAUUUAGUUGGCAUGAAACCAUCUCAAAUGGACAGCCCAACCGGUUUCUGCUCGAAGCAUAGGGAUCUGAGUUAUGUCUCACCGUCUCUUUCUAUUGUACAUACACCUGCUAAAGCCACACCUGGGAAAGGCAGAAGUGUGCAGAGCUACAUUUGCCAAUCUUGCACUCCAACACGUCAUCAUGUAGGGACCACCUCUCCAAUUGGGUUUGCAGAUGUCAUUCCCAUGACCCCAUCACCAAAGAGUAUUGGCAAGUUAACCCCUGACCACCUCAACAGCUGGCCGCGCAGGAAAAGAGUCCAGGUUGGUUUACUUGCAGGAAAGGAUCGCUACACUAAGGGCGAGCCAGUGUUGGAGGAGCUCUUAGAGGAGGCUGACCUGGGAGUGAGCAGAUUGCAAGAAUCAGAAGGCUCUCCCAUCUGCACUGAUGUGUCCUCAAUUGUGUCUUUAAAAAACACUCCUCCAGUGGAGUUGGACUAUCCACAAAAGUUGAGAGAGAAGACUGAUCAUCAAAAGGCAGAGGAGUGCAUGAUGGAUGCAGAUGUCAUUCUAGCAUCAACACCUGUCUCGAAGAAGAGGAAAUGUGUUACGUCAAGUGGGAUUUUAGCCCUCACUCAGUCUCCAUUAUUAUUCACGGGAACGAAGGACACUGCAAGCAAAAGAAAUAAAGAUGUCCACGGUGAAGCAACAAUAAAGAGUCAACAGUUAAUGGACAGAAAUCUCUCUCCCAUGCAACUGCCUGAUGGAUGUCCUCGCUCAAGAAAGACUUUCAGCAGGAAGAGACUGAUCCACUAACUUUAAUGGGAACAUCAGAAUCUGGUCGAGGUGUUAGUAAACAUCUGGUUCUCUCUGGUUCUCUGCUGACAUAUCCUGUUUACGUUGACCCAGCAUCUGCUUGCAUACUCUGGCUCAUUUCAUUUCUUAGGAAAAAUUUCUGAAGCUGGUCUGGGUGAGCUGGUUAUGUUAGAAUGCAUCCCUUUUAAUUUCGUUAUCAUAUCAAUCGUCUUUAUUAAUGUACUUACUUUUUUGUUUUGCAUUUGCUCACAUGGCUGAUUUAUAUUUGUAAAUUGUGGCUACAGUCUUUUUGAAUAAAUAUAAAUUUAUGAUUCAUUAAUUCAAGAAGUUUUUAUCUACUGUUUUAUAACUUGGUGAAUUGAUUAGCAUCAUCAUUACUGUGGCUCUGCAGCUCUACGGCAAUUUACAUCGGUAUGAACUUGAUUAUACACACUGUGUCAUCAUAUUCAUUCUCCGCAGCUAUUCUCCAAACAUUGUCUUUAUAAUCGUUGAUUUUAUUGUAGUCAUGUGUUUUUUCGUAAAGGUGCUGGGAUAUGAACACAAUCAAGCUCUCCGGCAUGUUGAAUGUUUUUGUAUGUGACGUGUCAAAAACAAGCGUGUCGAUUGGUGUGCUAGCCCAUAGCAGAACUUUAAAAAUUAACCUCACACCGAUAAACUAAAUACCACAAUUUCACUCAGUGAAAUAACAUUGCUGCUUUACAACAUGGCAUUGAAAACGGCAA